CGGUAGAGUUGUCGUUCGUGCAUCACUGGAUGGAAAUCUACCGGGAAAAUAUACGUGUCAAUAGUAAUUAUCAGGUGGCGCCUUUUCCCCGGAAGUACGUCACGUCACAAGGCAACGAGCCAGAAUUUCCAGAGAUAAAAAUCGAUCAGACGUAAUUUACGUGGCAGUGUCAGCUGUUCAUAUUGGGGCCAGUCUGGGACCGAUAUAAUUUGCGCCACAUUGGCAGUAUUGCUUCCAUUUCACCGUAUCAUUAGCUUCUUUUAUGAAGUUUUUGCGUAUUGAAGAGCCAUUGCGCUGGCAAACAAGCACCAUUUCGUCGAGAAAAAGAAGUGAUAAUUGUGGUUUAUCCACAUCAAGUAGUUAUAUGAAGUUCAUAGAUUUCUGUGACUAUCAUCUGCUACCUAGAAGUUGUAAUAUUUGUACUAGACAUAAAGACGGUGAAAACUUGAUAUCGCAAUUAUGGCGACCGUCAACGUCAACAGUGAGGUCACUGACCAAUUCUAUAGAUAUAAGAUGCCGAAAAUCAUAGCGAAGGUUGAAGGUAAGGGCAAUGGUAUCAAAACUGUUAUUGUUAACAUGGUAGAUGUGGCUAAAGCUCUCUCAAGACCUCCAACAUACCCUACAAAAUUUUUUGGAUGUGAGCUUGGUGCACAGACCCAGUUUGACAUUAAGAAUGAUCGCUACAUCGUGAAUGGUUCACAUGAUGCAAGCAAACUUCAACAGCUACUUGAUAUUUUUAUCAAGAAAUUUGUCCUCUGCCAGGAAUGUUCCAACCCUGAAACCAUUCUGAGUGCCAAUCAGAAAACCCAGACGAUUAAAGCUCGGUGUAUUGCUUGUGGACACUCUGCCAUGGUGGACAUGCGCCAUAAAUUGACCACCUUCAUUCUCAAGAAUCCUCCAGAUAUGGACCCAGCUUCCACCACCCCAUCUAAAGCUAAAAAGGAUAAAAAAGAUAAAAAAUCCAAGAAAGGGGAGAAGGCUACAAUGAAUGGAGAUGAUGGAGACCAUGAUAGGGCCAGUCCUGAAAUCAACUCCCAGGAACAGAUGGCUGCACAGAGAGCUUCAGGCGGAGUUAUUGAAGCCCCACCAGAGAUAAAGGAUGAUGAUGAUGAAGACUGGGGAGAAGAUGUUAGUGACGAGGCAGUUGCUAAGCGUAUGAAGGAACUCACUGAUGCUGCCAAGAACAUGGCAAUGUCAGAGGACCUUGAGAAAUCUGCCAAUCAAAGAAUGGAUCUUUUCUACGAGUUUGUUAAGAACAAAAUCAACUCGAAGAGUUUAGCAGGAGCAGAACAGGAGUUACUAUCUGAGGCAGAACGUCUGGAAGUGAAGGACAAGGCUGCCCUAGUACUUGUUGAACUGCUUAUGAAUGAGAAGAUUGUCAGUCAAAUCAAACAACAUCGUAAACUGUUAUUACAUUUUUGUCAUAACAAUCAGAAAGCUCAGAAGUAUUUGUUGGGUGGUGUAGAACAGGUGAUUGGUCAUGUCCAUAAAGAUGUUUUACUGCCUAAAGUACCACACAUCUUUAAAGAACUGUAUGACAUGGAUAUAGUGGAGGAGGAAGUCUUGCUUGACUGGGCUAAGAAGGUUUCAAAGAAGUAUGUUUCUAAAGCUGUAGCACAGGAGAUUCACGAGAAGGCGGCACCAUUUAUAAAGUGGUUGGCUGAGGCCGAGGAAGAAGAGAGUUCUGAGGAAGAUGAUGAAGUUGAGGUUGCAUUCUCUACAACUGGUAAGGUUGGCGUGGAAACAAUUGCCCCACCCAAACCAAAGUCACCAGAACAAUCACCAGCUUCCGCUAAUGAUGAUGAAAGUGAAGGAGAUGACGAGAUUGACAUAGAUGCCAUCUAAAUAUAUCCCUGUUAUAUGAACCAUUAUACACUUAAAGAUCUUGAGAGAGCUAAAAUUUAAUGCUGUUAUUUGCUUAAAGUAAACCAGCAGACUUUUAUAUUAAAACUGGACUAUGAUAUCAUUGCCGUGGAGAAGUUGUUUUUGAACUUGUUAUGAUCAUUCAUCAUGUUUUUGAUAACAUCUGUGUAUAUAAUUAUGUUGUGGGCAUUGAUUCUUUGGUCAUUGAUUCAAAUUGUAAUUUCUUUAUUUUAUAAUUUUUUGGGGAAUAAUUGAAUCAUUUUGUUAAUCACUUUUGUACAGUGGCUUUUUAAUAACAGAACAGACAGAAAAUCUGGUUUUAAACAGAGUUUGUAUAGAUGGGUUUAUAGUGGAGAAGUUAUUAUUUAGAUUGUUGGAUAAGUUAAUUUGAUUGUUUAGAUGAUCAUGUAUAUGUAUAACUUGUGCUUUCCUUUAAUCUUUCUUGUCUCUUUCUUUAUCCAAUAUGUAUUGAAUCUGUACAUAUUUUUCUUAUUUACCAGUGUUACUUUCUUUGCUUUUUGUUAAUUUAUUUGGUAUUAUUGAUUAAUUUUACAUGUGUCUAUAAAAUAUUGAAGGUGUGAUCGUUGAAAAUUUUCUAAUGUCUUGGUUUACUAUUUCAGUGUUUAAAAGCCCAUGAAUAUUGUUAAUAAGAACUUGAUUUUCAAAAUGUUAAUGAAAUUGUAAGAAAACAAUAAUUGGAUUACAUUUCCUUUUGAUAUAAUGUGACAUUUCAAUCCAAAAUAGAUGGCAAUGGAAAGUGUGAUCAUUUGAUAUUAUUUGAUUAAGUAACACUUGACUGCUCUUGACAAUUGGAGGGUUUGGGGUUGUUUUUGUUUUAUUGAAAAUUAGUGCUGCGUAUUUAUUAUAAAAAAUUAUAUUUUAUUCAAUUACCCGAGAUUAGUGCAGAUUUUUAUAGUGCCAUUGUUGAACACUUUUCUGUCCUUAAAAAGUUCUCUUUUUAUAUGUUCAAUAAUAAAUUUCUUCCUCUAGACAUUGAUUCUAUGCUAUUUUUACAGGUAAUUUGAUGCUUAAUUCAUUCCACAUUCGUUGUUUGUAACAAACUAAUUAAAGUCAACAAUGCUUCAUUAUAACAUACAACAUGUUUGUUGUGGACAUUUCUUUUGGUGAUUUGUGUAAAUUUGUGAUAUGGAAGAAAAAAUUUAAAAA